AUGGUGUUUAUAAACAGAAAGACACAUUACCUGAUUGUUGCUGUAACAGACAGCGCCAUUAUUCCUUACAGCACAAGGGUCAUAUUUGAUCACAAUUCCAGAGCCUUGGAACGUGCAUUUUCCUACGGAGUUGAAACUGCCAAUGCGACGGAAAAUAAAUUUAAAAUUUACGCAUAUGAGAAAGUCACGGAUAUUCGGGACACAUAUCAGCUGAGUAGUUCAAUUUGUGAGCAUCUAAAGAAGAUGGUAUUUGCCUUAGUUUGUAUGAGUAACAUACACUCUUAUGACGUCAUACAAGCCUACAGCCAAGCCUUAGAAGUGCCUGUUAUCGUGCCUUCCUCGCCUAAAUCCUAUCACACAGAUCGAUUUAAGUACGAAAUAAAGAUGAAUCCUUCCAUCGUGCCGGCAAUGGCCGAAUACAUCAGUAAAGGAGGCUGGACAAAAGUCUUCUACUUCUUCAAUUCAGACGAUGAUAUGUGGCGAUUACAGCAUUUAUAUAAAAUAUUUAGUAAUGAUGGGAACAAUGUAACUAUAACGGCGAGACAGAUAGAAGAUCCUGCGACAGCCCACGAUAUCCUCCGCCGAAUAGACAAACUAGGGGUGCCAUGUACGGAGAAGAUUUUUGUCUUGGAUUUUGAUAGAAAACGACUACCCGCGUUUUUGAAAAAGGACAUAAUAGACAUUGACCUGAAAAUAUUUUACCACAGUGGGGCAACGUUUACAGGAUUCCAGCUUCUAAACAACGAAAAUAGUUAUUUACAGCACUUUCUAGGAAAAUGGAAUGUCCCGAACCGGAAUGAAAACAACACAGUUCCUGAUUUUACGACUGAACUAGCGUUGAUGGUUGAUGGUAUAGCAAGCCUAGCCACAGCUCUUAAUGGCAUCCUAGUGCGAGAACAGACUGCAGGACGUUUGAAAGUUUUCAAAAGAAGACGCGGUAAAAUUUAUAACACAGACGCUGCCCAAGGAAUAUUGUGCUCACCAAAAGUUAUAUUUGCAAACGGGCAUGAAGUUCUCGCCGCUUUGAAAAAUAUUGAAUUUUCGGGAAUUACCGGAAAUGUGCAGUUUAAUGACGAUGGUGAAAGAGUAAAUUAUACAUUACAAAUAUAUCAAGAGCAGUUACAAACAGAGCGCAAAAAAGGUAUGUCGAACCGUUUGACAAAAAUUGGACAUUGGUCUUCGGCAGAAGGAUUGCACUUAAUCAGUAAACCCCGACCAAAACCUGUUAUCGGACAGCCUGUCAAAAUUAUUACAACAAUUUUAGCUCAACCAUUUGUUCAGUUGAAGGAAAAUAACGAUAACGGAAAACCUUUACAAGAGUACGAAGGUUUUUGUGUGGAUUUACUGAAGGAAAUUACAGCUACCCAGCUCGUUAAUUUUACUUACAAAUUUGUGGUACAGAAAGAUGACGAAUAUGGCGUAAAGACAAACAACGGUAGUUGGACAGGAAUGAUAGGCGAGAUCGUUCGACGUGACGCUGACCUGGCAGUUGCCCCAUUAACCAUUACCAAGGAAAGAGAGGAAGAUGUUGACUUUACAAAACCGUUUAUGAAAACUGGAAUUUCCAUUAUGAUAAAACGCCCCGACAAACAGAAACCAGGAGUGUUUUCUUUUAAGGAGCCUUUAUCCAACAUGGUGUGGGUGUGCAUAACGGUUGGAUUUUUAGCGGUUAGUACGAUACUAUUCCUUGUGGGACGAUUCAGUCCGUACGAGUGGAAAGAAAACUCAGCAACAGGACCAUCAGAUGAUUUUAGUAUGCUGAAUUCUCUGUGGUCAAAUCUCGGUGCCCUGAUGAUGCAAGGUUCGGAUAUAUUCCCAAGGUCUAUAUCUGGCCGGACAGCUGAAAGUGCUUGGUGGUUCUUCACUUUGAUAUUAAUAUCUUCCUACACUGCUAACUUGGCAGCAUUUUUAACCGUGGAACAGUUUUCCAUCCCUAUAGACUCUGUUGACGCUUUGGCUGCUCAGCAAACUAUCAAAUAUGGCGUUUUGGCCGGCGGAUCAACUAUUACGUUUUUUAGGGAAUCCAAAGUUAUGGUAUAUGAUCAAAUGUGGAAGUUUAUGCAGUUUCAAAAUGACUCAGGAGCCGAUAUAUUUAUGCAAUCCAAUGAAAAAGGAUGGAAAAAGGUCCAGUCGUCGAAAGGAAAAUAUGCAUUUCUAUUAGAAGAAUCAUUCAAUGAAUAUUUCAACAACAGAAAGCCGUGCAACACCAUGAAAGUCGGGGCCACUCUAAAUAGUUUUGGAUACGGUAUAGCAUUACCUCUGCAUAGUGAAAUCAGUAAAGGUGUCAAUUUAGCAGUUUUACAUCUACGGGAAAUUGGUCACUUGAUUCGUCUCCGGCAAAAGUGGUGGGUUGACCGUGGUCAGUGCGGGGGCGUAACAGGUGGUAAAGGGAAAAAGUCACUAUCCCUAAGUAAUGUAUCAGGGAUUUUCCACAUCCUUAUAGGAGGUCUUGUUCUAGCAAUGAUUAUAUCAAUAAUCGAAUAUGCAAUGCAUGUAAAUUGUAAACGACGGAAAAAGUACAAGGUACAGAAAAAGAGGGAGAAAGCAUUAAAAGCAGCUGCCGCUCCCAAUAAGGGAGAGCUUCAACCAUUGAGGACGAAUGGGAGCGAUAGUACACUCGACAAUAAAGGUGUAUGUUACACACAAGAGUACCAGACGUCCGCGCCGGCAAACCUUAUCACGUUCGAAGGAAUUACGGAGAAUGGACAGACACAAUUAUGAUACCCCUUUAUCAUACAUCGAUCUGCAUAAAGUACGGGAAUAUCUUACAGGACAGUUUUCUGAAGCUACAGUGUUUUUCAGAUUCGUCGUGUUGCUAAAAAUCACUUACAUACUGCAAGUUUUUUGUGUGCAUCAAAUCUUAGCUUCUAUUAUUUCAGCCAUAGGAUUUUUUCUCUUUUUAGCGAAAUUUCUUUGUCCAAGACUAAUACUUUUGUUUUAACACAUACCUAACACAUACCUUGGAAGACAACAUACAAAUAAUGUAUAUGCUUCCUGCAUGCUAUGGUAAACGUCUUUUACAAUCUAGGUGUAUACUUGUUCAAUACUUAGGAUUUUAAUACAAAUGUAAUCUUUUAAUUAUUAUGAAAUUAUACACAAGUGUAUGACACUAGAGAUUGUUUAUAUAGCUGUGUCAUAACUACAAGAUGUCGGUCAACCUCCAAUAAAAUAACUUAUGCACGCGAUGUAUAGAAAAUGCUUUUAUGUGUUACAUGAAUACCGUUUGAGCAUAGUUAUUUGUUAUGGCUGGUGUUAUAUGCAAUCAUUCAAAUUAAGAAUAACUCCUUUCGUGAAAAUAAUAAUCUCGUUUCUCUGUCAAUAUGACGACAGUCGAUUUGCUUUCUGUAGCGUGAAUAACAUAACAGAGUAAGAAAAACAUUUAGUUUACCCUCGAACAUAAUUUAUAAAAUCAUAUAAUAUUAUUGCUGUGAAAUUAGUGUCAAUAUACAGUGAAACGUACCAUAUUUUUGAACGUUAUUCAACUCUAAUAACGUAUUUGAUUGUGAUAGAAAUGGUAUCCAAUAUAUAGAUGGAACAGUAGGUAAUGGUUAUUCAGCUACGUUAUAUGUAGCAACACCGUAUUCAAUUAUUGAUUUUGGUGAAGUCAAUACGGUGUUAUGCCAACCUGGAAGAAUCAAAUAUUAACUGGCGGCGAUUCAAAGGUCCUUAAUUUUUAUAUUAAAUGUUUGCAAAGGUGUGGAACUGCAUGAUACUUACAAUAAUGUAUAUUUCAACUUACAAUGAACAUGAUGUUAUACACAAAAUUGAUUCAGUGUUUCUAAAAUUAUCAACAUCGGGUCAAUAUGUCCAAAUACUGACCGCCACGUGAUCAUAGUUUAGCCAAUGAAAAUUGAGAUGAAAAUCAUACCAUAAAUAUAACUGAUUAGUUUAGUUCCAUUUCAUGCUAAAAAUAAAUGUUUUUACAAACGGACAGGAAGCAAAAUGUAAAACCCUACCUAUUUCAACUCCAUUGCACAAUCUUGGAUAUUCAUGAAUAAGCGUAUUUAAUUGAACAGCGAUGACAUAUUUCUCUAUAUGACAUAUAAUAAACUAGAUUUAUCUCUGUAGUUGAGAAUUAAUAUAGUGUAAAACAGUAAUCCAUUAAAUGUUACUGAAAAUGUUUUAUGUAUAAAAACAAUUCGAUGUGCUCCUUUCCCCUCCACACUAUUAAGAACUGGUCUAAAUUUUCUCAAAUAUUUAAGCUUGUACUAUCUUUUGAUUUAAUAAUAUUCUACCUUGUUAGAGAGUACAAUGUAGGAUAACCAAGAAAUUAGUUAUAUAACUACAGCUGAAAGCGUUUGAUAUUUGCUAAAGCACUAUGUUAGAAGUAUGUAUUCCCUAUCGUAUUACAAAUGCGACUCACAGAGUGGUAGAUAGAUAUGAGUUUGACGACAACGGGGAAAAUUAUGACGCAUAACGAGUUGGACAAACACUGUAGUUAUGCAAGAAGAUUCUUGUGGACUAAUGUUGUCUGUCUAGACGACAGGUAUCGUCCAGGGAACUGCUGGAUCGACCCUUACUCUACUAGGGCCACGCAAAUUUAAUUUGUAGUUUUUGGAUAGUGCAAAGUAUGAUACCGUUUGUUAGGACUUUUGUGUAUCUUAGUCACUGUAAGGAACAUCUACAGGUGGUGGAAUAUACUUUUUUGUAUUAAAUGACAAGAAAUUAGGUACUUACACCUAUAAGAUGUUUUAGUGAUUAGGUGAUUGAAGUCCAAAGAACUACGAAUUCAUUUGAUGUGGCCUAAAGAUGUCUGUGAUUUAUAACUAUUAACCGAUGCAUGUACACAUCUGUAGGAUACAUUGUCUCCGAAAACUCAUACAUAUUUCAUAAUCGAUUUAAGUGUUUCAUGACAUGUCACGUGAAUUGACAGCGAGUGCCUUCAGCACUCUCAUACAUACUCUCUGUGUCUCCGUCUGUUUCUCUCUGUGUGUCUCCCUGUUUCUGUUUAUCUGUCUGUCUGUCUCUGUCUCUUUCUCUGUCUGUCUUUGUCUCUCCCUGUCUCUGUCUGUCUCUGUCUCUGUCUAUCAUGCAAAACAAGGAUUUGCGGGAAUAUGAAAUAGGCCAUAGUUUCUUUCUUCAGAGUCUCUAUAUAAUAUGUGGUAUAAAAGCUUUAAGCACAAAGAAUGCAUGUAUCACGACAAUAUCGAAACUGAUUAUUCUCUAUAUAUUCAUUGUAAUAUUUCUGUAAUUCGAGAUUCCAUUACAAAGUUUAAAAAAAAAGAUCUCGAAACAAAACCAAUUAUCGGUUAUUUAAUUUAAAUUUAAAUGACAUAUAUGCAUCUUUUAUACACAGGUAGUGUUCUAACAGAAUAUAUGAAAUAUUUCAUUAAUAACAUGUUUUCCUUAUUGGUGUAUGACAUUUGUAUUGUCUGACAAAAUAAUAUUUCUCGAGAUUGUGAUGAUAUAAUAUAUAUCAUAAAUAAUGGGAAAGAUAGGUGUUGUCACAUGAUUUUGUGGAAAUGAUUUUAAUGCCGUUGUGAGUGAUACAAAACAUUUAAAAAUUAAUUCAUCGUUAACAAAGCACCUAAAGAUUACAUUUUGCAAUCACAAAUUCUUAAUUAUACAUGGAUAUAAGUGUAAUAUAUAAAUAUAAUACGUGUAAUGUAUAAACUUGUUUUGCGAUGUUUUAUUGUAAAAGAGAUUAGCGUAAAAAUGUUAACAUUGACCAAAGAAUCUUAUAAAACGUAUUCGCGGAAAUGAAUAUAUCUUCAGUCGCACAACACAAUUAAUGAACCAGUAUACUCGAGAUUGCAUGGGUAAAAUCUAAUUGUAAAUUGCAUAGUUUGUAUAUUUGUAUAUCUAAUGUUUAGAAUUUUGUAUAAAUUUGCCAACCGAAAUAAGGAAGUGUGUUUCAGUCCUUAUAUGAUUGCGGGAGAAAUGUUGAUUUCGGUUUCUUCUCAUUUCUUAAGAUACAGGGAAAUGAAGUUGAUAAACACUUAAUGCAAAAUAAAAUUCUUGAAUUUAAUCAUUAAAUAUGCAUUAUCUAAAUGAGCAUGACUUCACGUUGGCAGAUUGUACUGCAGUAAGCAAUGCUUUACCAAUCAUUCAAACCAAACAUAAAAAUAGUACAAGCUGUGUGUAAUUUUCUCUCAUUAUUCACAGAUUUGUCUCCCGUUUACCUCUUAUAGAUUUCUCAGUCAACCUCAAAAUUACAAAUAGCACGCGCUGGCAACAUUACAACGACGUCACGACAUCCAUACGAUGACGUCAUGUCAAUAAUACAAUGACGUCGUGUCGAUAAUAUCAAUCAAGUCAUGUCGAUAUUGUGUAACAUAGCACUAUUU